AUGCCGCACCGGAUUGCUUCCCUAACUGUUUCAAUUCUCGAGCCGGCGGCUAAUAAUCUACCUACAGCCGUAACCGCUAUCAAAGCCCGCGCACCAGUACUAGGUGGUAACUUCGGCGUAUGGGGCGGUCUCUUCAGCACAUUCGACUGCGCAGUCAAGGGUAUACGGAAGAAGGAGGACCCGUGGAACGCGAUCAUCGCCGGCUUCUUCACCGGUGGUUCGCUAGCGGUGCGAGGCGGUGCUAGGGCUGUACGAAACGGUGCCAUCGGAUGCGCAAUCCUCCUCGCAGUCAUCGAAGGCGUUGGCAUCGGCUUCCAGCGCAUGAUGGCCGAGAACACCCGCUUGGAUAUGCCUCCUCCGCCCCCCCAACAAUCGCAAGGCCAGGCAGCGAUCGCCUAG